AUGGAGGAAAAACACAUGAUCGAAACUUUGUCUGAAGAUAUUGAAAACCUAAUCAACAAAGAACGGUCGGAUAUUAAUAUUAUUACACAGGAGUUGUUGGAUGAAAAAGAUAAAAAAAGAAAAAUUAAUGCAUCGGAAGAUUAUAACAAAAAGGCAAAGGUUGAAAGUGGUAUCAUAAAACAUUCGGAUGAUUAUAUUAAAAAACUAUUGGAUACACCGUACUUGGAUUGGACAAAGGAUGAAGUUUUUUAUUUGUUAUGUACUGAGAGAAAUAAGGGUGGUGUUGGUUUGAGCAAGGAGGUUUCAGGUUUAUUUUGUGAAGGUGAUUUCUGUGGUGAAAGUAUUGGUAGUAUUAUUAGAAACCAACCUAUCAACCUAUCCGAAGCAAUUACCACCAUAUCCCAAAAGUUCCCAAAUGUUGAUCAAAAUAGUAUUAUGGUUGUUAUAUUAUGGAUUGGUGGUUUAUUAAUUUCUGGUAAUUUAAAAGAGAAAAAAUCAAUUAUUGAUAUCAACAAAGGCAGAAUACAACAGAUAUCUGCUCUCAAUAAUGCCAGUACUUUUAUGGAAUUUAUUGGAGUAGAAGAAUUAGGAAAAACUAUAUCAAAGACUUUACUUACAAGAUUUUCAAAUAAUACAUUACAAUCCACUCUUGAUAAAACCCAAGUACCAAUCAUUGUAUUUGCAACUUCACCAGGUACAGGAAAAACUAGAAAUGCAAUGGAAGUAAUUAAUUGUGCAAAACAAGUUUGUGAAGAUAAGAGUUUACAAGAAUAUUUAGAUAUCAGAAUUGAAUUGUACUUGCCAAUGGGAAGAAAUGGAAUGGGUUAUGGUAGAUACAAAAGUGAUUACAUUAAGACUCCAAAUUAUGCAAAUAGAUUUUUUGCUAUUAGAUUGUGUUAUUUAUUUUCCACUUAUUACUUGCAAUCUGAAUUUAAUGAAAACGACUGGGUCUUGGAUAGUGUUGCUAAUUUUUGUUCUUGGCUUAAAGAUGAAUAUUUUGCCUCUUCAAAGAUUACAAUUGUUGUGGUUAUUGAUGAAUUUCAAAAAUUGAAUGAGAAUGAGUAUAAGUAUUUGGAAGAAGUUGUGGACGACACAAUUAGAUCUGGUUUAGAUGUGACAAUUAAUACUUUUGGAGAGGUUUGUACUAAAUGUCUAACAGAUAUACUCUUUGUUCCAAUAUUUUCUGGAUUAUCAUUUACACCUAUUAAUAGAGCUAUUAAACAAUCAACUCAUCCAAUUCUCCAUAUCCAACCUAUUAGACUACGUAUGUCUAUGGUAGAUAUUUUACAAUUUCUACGUAACUACUUAAUAAGAUGUACAAAACAAGCUACAAACUUGGGAUUGAGUUAUUCAAAUUUAUUGACACAUCCAGAAUUAUCAAAGUGUUUAAAUAGAUGUUGUGGUGUUCCAAGAUUAAUAGAAUACAUGUUAAACGCAAUGGCUUUCUCUGGAUCUAACUGGCAAUCCAUAUUUAAUAACAUUGAAAGAGGUAAUCCUUGA